AUGCCUGCCGUCCGCAAGACGAAGAAGACACCGAAGGCGGCCAAGCCCUACGUCAAGACCGAGCAAGGCGCCGAGGCCAAGAUCGAGGAAGGGAUGUCCAAGGCUGACGUCAGAAACGGCACCUACGACCGCAUCCAGAUGUUCUCUGAUAUCAUCAGGCUGGCAAAGAAGCUCGGCAAGACCGCCGACCACGGGCGCGAGUGGUCGAACUCUGGCAGUGCUGCCUGGAGCACCAAGGCUAAGAUCGAGGUCCUCGUCACUGUGCUCAAGGUAUUCAGUGUGCUGCGGAUUCCCGCUGACGCACAGGGGAUCAACCCCGACUGGACCCAUGUAGCCGCCGCGCAGGGUAGGACUCCGACUCAGGUGAAGGACGUGUGGCGCAAGGUCAUGCAGCCCAAGCUCCUCAAGGGCGAGACGAUCUCGUAG